GGUCACCUGAUCUGCGGCGGCCGUGGCGUCCCUGACAGUGGAGACUGAGGCUAUGAUGGCGGCGGGAUUGGUGGCUCGGGUGCGGACAGGGUCGCGGUGGGCCCCGGCGCUCUGGCAAAUGCCAUGGCUGCCGCUGUUGCUGGUUUCGGCGGCGGCGGUGGUGGCGGAGCAGCAGGUGCCGCUGGUGUUGUGGUCGAGUGACCGGGACUUGUGGGCUCCUGUGGUCGACACGCACGAGGGCCACAUCACCAGCGACAUGCAGCUUUCUACCUACCUAGACCCCGCCCUGGAACUGGGCCCCCGGAAUGUGCUGCUCUUCCUACAGGACAAGCUAAGCAUUGAGGAUUUCACAGCAUAUGGCGGUGUAUUUGGAAACAAGCAGGACAGCGCCUUUUCUAACCUGGAGAAUGCCCUGGACCUGGCCCCCUCCUCGCUGGUGCUUCCUGCUGUUGACUGGUAUGCAGUCAGCACUCUGACCACCUACCUGCAGGAGAAGCUUGGGGCCAGUCCCCUGCAUGUGGACCUUGCUACCCUUCGGGAGCUGAAGCUCAAUGCCAGCCUCCCUGCACUUCUGCUCAUCCGUCUGCCCUAUACAGCCAGCUCCGGUCUGAUGGCGCCCAGGGAAGUCCUCACAGGCAACGAUGAAGUCAUUGGGCAGGUGCUAAGCACACUCAAGUCUGAAGAUGUCCCUUAUACAGCAGCUCUCACAGCAGUCCGCCCCUCCAGGGUGGCUCGUGAUGUAGCCAUGGUGGCUGGGGGACUAGGUCGCCAGCUACUCCAAGAACAAGUGGCACCAGCUGUGAUCCAUCCUCCUGUGAGUUAUAAUGACACUGCCCCGCGGAUCCUGUUCUGGGCCCAGAACUUCUCUGUGGCAUACAGGGAGCAGUGGGAAGAUCUGACUUCCCUCACCUUUGGGGUGCAAGGGCUCAACUUGACUGGCUCCUCCUGGAAUGACUCCAUUGCCACGCUCUCGCUGACCUAUGAACGGCUCUUUGAUACCACAGUGACGUUCAAAUUCAUUCUGGCUAACCGCUUCUACCCAGUAUCUGCCCGGCACUGGUUUACCAUGGAUCGCCUCGAAAUCCACAGCAAUGGCUCUGUCACCUACUUCAAUGCUUCCCAGAUCACAGGGCCUAGCAUCUACUCCUUUCACUGCGAGUAUGUCAGCAGUCUUAGCAAGAAGGGCAGUCUCCUUGUAGCCCGCACACAGCCUUCCCUGUGGCAGAUGACUCUUCAGGACUUCCAGAUUCAGGCUUUCAAUGUGACAGGUGAGCAGUUCUCCUACGCCAGUGACUGUGCCGGCUUCUUCUCCCCGGGUAUAUGGAUGGGACUGCUCACCUCCCUCUUCAUGCUCUUCAUCUUCACCUAUGGCCUACACAUGAUCCUCAGCCUCAAGACCAUGGACCGCUUUGAUGACCACAAGGGCCCCACUAUCUCUCUGACUCAGAUUGUGUGACCCAUGCUAAUGGGAGGUUGAGGGUGUGAUGGUGUUCAGGUUGUCACUUUCCCAUCUUGUGGCACACUGGACUCUGAAGGGCUUCCCCUCUUCUACCCACUGAGGGGCUUCCCUGGGGCUGUCCCCCCAUCUCUACCAAUAAGGUGUAUAUAUUCUGCAUAGAUAUUAGACAAAUUUCCCAGGCUCAGUCAUUGUGAAGGGAGGGGACAGUAGUUCUAGGGUCCCUUUCUCCUUAUUUAUUAUUAUCUUUUCACCAUUACCCCCUUGCUGUUUAUAGUGCUUUUGUGUAACAAAUGCUCUCUCCCCAAGCUUUAUGGGGCUUCCAGUAGCAGCCAUGAGCUUGAGGUUUCCUGAGUGUGGAGGUAUUUGGAAGUACUGCUUAACUAACCGUCUAGCUUUGCUGUUAUUAUUAUUAUUAUUAUUAUUUGGUGAUGUGCUAACAAUAAGCAGUACACUGGGGUUUAUUUCUGUGGCCUGAGAAGGAAGGGACGUCCACUACAGGUGGCCUGGAUGCAAUCACUGGGUUUCUGUCAUGUUCCCACCAGGAGUGCCUGGCAGGAGCCUGGGGUGCUCUCUUGUUUCCUUCCUAAUAAAAUAAAGACUGUAUUGGACCUCU